CCGGGCCGGGGAGUCCCCGGAGGGGCGCGGGGGCUGCCCGCCCGCCGGGCGCGGGGCUCCUGCGCCCGCCCUCCCCCGCCUGCCUCCCGCCUAACCCGCGAUCGCUCCCCCCCUUCCCCCGCCGAGGCGAAGCUGGAGCCGCAGGAGAUCCGCCGGGCACAGGGAGGGGACAGGGAUGGGUUGUUUUCUCUCCCCCGCCCGCCCCGAGACCUGAGGAGAUGCAGCCCAAGUUCGCCGCGAUGACUCUGCUGCUGGCACCGGGGUUUCUCCGCGGCAUCGCAGCCUCCGGACCGCCUGAAUCCUGCUCCCUCUGAAUCGUCGGCUCCGGGUUAAAGCUCAGUUCUCAUGGUGUGGUUGCUGGGCUGCCGCGCUCCCGUUUUGCGAUGGGAGGUGGAGGAAAAGGGAUUGUCCGUGAGUCAACACCGAAAACGUGAUUAGGAUGAACUGCUUUCACUAAUCUCUUUCUAACCUUUCAGUCCAUGUUGGCCUGUGACCCCUCUCAGCUUUCACAUCCAGCCUGAUCAGGAUGAGAAAUGAUGAGAAAGUUCAAGCUGUAAACUAAUUCUGAGCCAAGCAGCAUUUGUUUACUUGUUGAAAUGUGUCCGUGCAAGACGUCUGCAGUCUGUCUGAUUUCCAGGAUCGAGCCGAGUGCCUACCACAACACUGGUCUCCCUAUGGAAGCAACUGUUUGUAUCUGGCUUUGAGGUCCCAUGGAGAAGCCGAGGAAGGGGAUGGCUCUUCACACCCAUGAAGCCUGGAUACUUCUCUUUGUGCUCCCUGGUUUGGUCACUCCAGCUGCCAUCAAUCAUGAAGAUUACCCCGCUGAUGAAGGGGACCAGACCUCCAGUAAUGACAAUCUGAUCUUUGAUGAUUACCGGGGGAAGGGCUGUGUGGAUGACAGUGGCUUUGUGUACAAACUGGGAGAACGUUUUUUCCCAGGACAUUCCAACUGUCCUUGUGUCUGUACUGAGGAUGGACCUGUUUGUGAUCAACCAGAAUGCCCUAAAAUCCACCCAAAGUGCACAAAAGUGGAACACAAUGGAUGCUGUCCAGAAUGCAAAGAAGUGAAAAACUUUUGUGAAUAUCAUGGGAAAAGUUACAAAAUCUUGGAGGAAUUUAAGCCCUCGCCAUGCGAAUGGUGUCGCUGCGAGCCCAGCAAUGAAGUUCACUGUGUUGUAGCAGACUGCGCAGUCCCCGAGUGUGUCAACCCGGUCUAUGAACCAGAGCAGUGUUGCCCUGUCUGCAAAAAUGGUCCCAACUGCUUUGCGGGCACCACGAUAAUUCCCGCGGGCAUCGAGGUGAAGGUGGACGACUGCAACAUCUGCCACUGCCACAACGGGGACUGGUGGAAGCCGGCGCAGUGCUCCAAGCGCGAGUGCCAGGGCAAGCAGGCUCUGUAGCAGCCCCCUGGCCAACAACCCGCUCACGGUGAUGGUGGUGAUGGCGAUGAUGAAGGAACGGCCUCGAUGCUGCCCACGUGUCCGCCCUCCUGCCAGCUGCAGCAGGGUCCCCAGCAAGCCCUGCGAGGGUGCCACGCGAGCAGAGAUCGGUACCUGCGGGGAAGGGUGUCCCCGUGCCCCCUGCAGCUCCUGUCCCGCUGUGCACACUCUGUUCCCGGUGUCCAGGUGUCUGCUCUGCUGUGGGAGCCACCGGUGCUCGGCAGGGACGCGCUGCUCGGACCGGGGCAGGACAGCAGGAAAACAGCCCGUGCACGGUCCUGGCCUGGCGAUGCCUCCGAGGCACCGAUGGAUUCACUGCUCUCACUUUCUACAGUGUGGAUCGUGGGGUUUUUCACAGUUAUUUAUUUGAAGGUUUUUUGCUAUUGUGAUUUUUUUUCUUUUUUUUUAAAGUCUCUUCCUAAGCUGGGAUCAUCAGGACAAUACAGCUAAGAGUGGAGCAAUAGAUGGAGCAUUUUUAUUGUGUCUGUAAGCGCAGGUGGCACUAAGGACAGGAGAGAGGUAGAAAUUACAAGGGAUGGGGUGGGGGGGGGUUAAAGAAAAAACCCAAGUGGAUUGUAACCUGCAGCAGGACUGAGGUAGAUGCACAGGUAUAGACCGGACAGCCACGACACAAAGCUGUAUCUGUGUUACACUUUCUCCACUGAGUGGGGACAAUAAAGUUGAAGACACCUACACAGUCAAUGUGACCUUGAUGGGAGCAGAGCCCACAGCAGCUGCGUAGUCAGGCUGGGGCAGCCAAACAGAAGGUGCUCCAUGAAAGCAACAUCUUACCUGGCUUGUUUGUGUAUGAUUCCUGGCUGGGGCAUCAGUGGUGGAGCAGAGGGAAGAGGGCCCCACCUGUCCUGGUUCCUGGGCUGAGCACUUGCUCAUCUGCCUUGUCCCAUCCCGAAGCUGCUCUCACUGGAGCCAAGGGCAGUGUUUCAUUGCCUUCAGUGACAGCAGAUCACAAUUAAAAUAUGGGAUCACCCCACUCUGGAGGUUUCCAGGAAUGUCCCAUGGCUGUGGCAGCACUAAACUGGCUCAGCUGGCAGGUAAGACCCUUUGCUACAGUGGGAGGGAGCUGCCCUGGCUCUCCCUGGGAGCAUCCACACUGCCAGGGAUAAGGCAAGCCAUGGUGCAGCAGGGCUGGGCUGGGCUCCUGUGAGGGCUGUCUCUUGAAAACAGCUGCUUGCUGUGCCUGCCUGCCAGGAGCAGAGGUCCCCAGCAGCCAAGGGUCCCCAUCAGGCUUUCCAGCACUGGUACCUCCUGCUUUCUCAGGCUGCAGCUUCCAGGCGAUACUGUGAAAGAAAAGCCACCAAUGUCAUGUCCCUGCCUGCCUGGCCAGGCGAGCACAGGGGCCUUUCCCAUCUCUGUCCACGCUUGGUUCCCUGCUUUUUGGUCAAUGCCAUGGGGGUGGUGGUGCUUGUUUUGUUCAGAGUUCAGGCUCCUGUCCAGCACCUGCUCUCAACAGUGACGGCAGCAAAUCCUCCCCACAGCAUCUUCACCGAAGCAGAUCAGCACAUCAGGCUCAGUUUAUACACACUAAUGCCUUUAUACUUUCAUUUCUUCCCCAUUUUGGUGUUUUCCUGGAGGGCAGGGGUGGGAGGAGCACUUAGCACAGCAACUGCUGUCCUGUGGCUGAGCAUUGGCUCCCUGCAGGCCGAGCUGGUAUCAUUCAAGACAUCAUCGCCACAUUUCUUUGUAAGCUGUUGCCUGUCAAUGACUAUCCAGUUUCAAAACCUUCAAAUAGUGUGCCUGAAACUAGUGAGAAAAAAAAAAACCUACUGUACAAAUGGGAGGGAGGGGUCCUAGAAACAAUAUUUGAUGUGCAAAAGAUUAUAUUAUUAAAAAAUUAUUUUGUUAAAUAUAAAGUGUGUGAACCAGCAAAAAAACCCCAAAAUUA